AGAAACAAAAGUCUCUAGAGAGAGAAAGACAGAAGACACAGUACCACUCUCUCUCAUGAAUUCCACACUCCACUGAGAAGGACAACGAUACAAUAAAGACAAAGGGACCCUUCACGCAUUGUCGACAACGUUAGCCAUGAACAAGUCCUUCAAUCCCGAACUUGUAUCCAAGCAUUGAAUUCCACUCCCCAUACAAACAAACAAACAAACAAACUGUUCAAAACCAAACCAAACCAAACCCCAUUCUGGUUGUUCACAAAACAAGCUUUGGAAUUUUCAUGGGGCUUCGUCUUGGUUCUUGUUCAAUUAGAAAACCCACCAGGGAUUAAGCUUUUCCUUGUCCGCUUCGUUAAUUCAGCUAAUGUGGUUUUGGUAGGGUUCAUUCCUCUUCCUUAAAAUUGUGCUGAAUUACUGGAAAUUCUGUUUUUUAUUAUUUAACCUGUCUGUCCCAUUCUCCUUUGAUUUCCGUGUGGGAUCUGCAGAAUUCACCUUAGUUUUACACCCCCAGUUCCUUUUGCUAAACGUUGUGUCUUGUAUUUGUAUUUUCUUCUUUGUUCCAUUUUCAUUGGCUUUGCAUUGUCAAGUGUGAGAUAUUCAUAUCUUAGAGCCGAGCCUCUCAAGUUUCUUGUUUAAUCAAGUUUGUGUAUUGUUGUUGUUAAGAUUGUUACAUGGAAUCUAUGUUACAAGAAGAAGGGUCAUCUUCUGUAACUUCCUCACCUUUACAGUUCUUCUCCAUGAUGUCACUUUCACCUAGCAUAGGAUCUCCUUACCCUUGGCUUAGAGAAUUGAAAUCUGAGGAAAGGGGUUUGUACUUGAUCCAUUUGUUGCUCACUUGUGCAAACCAUGUAGCUGCUGGUAGUCUUGAGAAUGCAAACAUCACACUUGAGCAAAUCUCCCAGCUUGCCUCCCCGGAUGGCGAUACCAUGCAGCGAAUCGCUGCAUACUUUACUGAAGCGCUUGCCGACCGGAUACUCAAAACAUGGCCCGGCCUCCACAGAGCCCUCAACUCCACGAGAAUAGUUAUGGUUUCUGAAGAAAUUCUUGUGCAGAAGCUCUUCUUUGAGCUUUUUCCGUUUUUGAAGGUAGCAUAUAUUCUGACAAAUCAGGCUAUUAUUGAAGCUAUGGAAGGGGAGAAAAUGGUUCAUAUAAUUGAUCUCAAUGCUGCUGAGCCUGCACAGUGGAUUGCUCUCCUUCAAGUUUUGAGUGCCCGUCCUGAAGGCACUCCUCAUUUGAGAAUUACUGGGGUCCAUCAGCAGAAAGAGAUUCUGGAUCAGAUGGCUCAUAAACUUACUGAAGAAGCAGAAAAGUUGGAUAUCCCAUUCCAAUUCAACCCUGUACUCAGCAAGUUAGAAAAUCUUGAUUUUGACAAACUUCGUGUGAAGACUGGGGAGGCGCUAGCAAUAAGUUCUAUUAUGCAAUUACAUUCCCUUUUGGCCUUGGAUGAUGAAUCCGGGCGGCGAAAAUCUCCUCUUCUGUCUAAACAUUCAAAUGGAAUUCACCUGCAAAAGGUCUUGCUCAUGAACCAAAACACAUUGGGUGAUUUCCUCAAAAAAGACAUGGUUAAUAGCUAUAGCCCAAGUACUGACUCUGCCUCAUCUUCACCGGUAUCUUCAACGACUUCGAUGAAUGCGGAGAGCUUUCUCAAUGCCUUGUGGGGAUUAUCUCCGAAGGUCAUGGUUGUAACAGAACAAGACUCUAAUCAUAACGGUUCCACUCUGAUGGAGAGGCUACUGGAGGCUCUAUAUUCUUAUGCAGCAUUGUUUGAUUGUUUGGAAUCCACUGUCUCAAGAACAUCAUUGGAGAGAAUAAAGGUGGAGAAGAUGCUUUUCGGUGAGGAAAUCAAGAACAUUAUUGCUUGUGAGGGAGCUGAAAGAAAGGAAAGACAUGAAAAGCUGGAUAAGUGGCUCCAGAGACUUGAUGUAUCUGGGUUUAGCAACACGCCUUUAAGCUAUUAUGGCAUGUUGCAAGCACGGAGGUUCCUUCAGAGCUAUGGUUGUGAAGGAUAUAGGAUGAGGGAAGAAAAUGGUUCUGUAGUAAUGUGCUGGCAGGACAGGUCCUUGUUUUCAACAACAGCUUGGAGACCUAGGAAGUAAGAGUGAGUAAGUUCAAGCCACAAAGGAUGGAAAAGAAGAAAAUAGAUAUGAAGCAGUAAUGGUUAGAGACUUAGAGUCUUAAGGUCUUCAAUUUUUCUUUUCUUUUCUUGAUUUGUAUGAAAGAGUCUUCCCAAUAUGUUAAUGAGUAUUCAUCAAUAUUAAUUUAGAGAUACUUCUAUUUUCA